CGCAGCGUCUGUCGGAUAACUCUCUUGUCUCUUUUUCUCAUAGCCAGUGUCACUGCUCUCCGUGCACAACGGUGGUCUAAGCAACAACUCAAUGACCCGCUGCAACCAACGGCAAACUGGGUGGGCGGACCCCCAAAUGUUGACUCUCACUCAAAUUGGGGACAGAUGUUUGAAUUGUUUUACCUAAAAGACUCUCGGAUAUUAAGGUCGUAUUUCUAAUCAUGUUAUGCGUCUUGAUCCAUCAUCAACAACAACAAAAACAGUUCCGAUGUUUUUUUUUUCGGAAAGCCAGAGCCUGGUCGUUGAAUGUUUGAAUGCGCACGUGGUCUCCUUUUGGCUGUGGUUGAUAACAUGCGCGCGUAUUUUCCAUAACAAAAGAAUAUUAUCCAUUAAUGUAAUGUUGCCUAAUAUUUACUGCGUAAUAUGGAUACUCUGGGUGUAUAAACAUUAGGAGGGAGGUUGCUAUAAGAUAAGAAGUAUUAUUGCAUGCUGCGGGAUAGAUGGAUGUAUGGAUGAUGGGUGACUCGCUCUGUCUCAGCGAGGCGUGGACUCCGCGAACCAGACGGGGUGGCGCAUCACAUAGCCCCGCCCAUCUCGGCGCAGACAGCCUUGUGUCCCGUUCGCUCUGUGCCUAUCGGAAUCGGAGAGGGGGCGGGUCGAUGGGCGUGACUAGCGCAAAGGGGGGACUCGCAUCGAGGUGGAGGGGGCGGGGUAGCGGCUAGGGUGCUGUUCAUCCAGUCUCUUGCCAGUGUCUUUGUCUCAUACUCUUUUGUUAGCCAUGCCUAGCUUGCUGGUUCUAGCAGGGAUCAUGGAGAAAAAUGGGGGCUUCGGCGGGGAUUUAGCCGGCUCCGGGUUCGGCAGCGAGGGUCUCCUGGUGCCACCCGAGGAGGACGAAGACGAUUCCCGUGCCCUUAGAGUUGCGCUGGGCCAACUGUCGCUGUUGGGUCUUGGAGAGGGCGAGGACAGCGGCGGGGCUCCUGCUGGUGGUGGAGUUCAAGAUCGGAGUAACAAUAACCAUCACAAUCACGUCGGAGGAGUCGGAACCGAUUCCGGGAUGUUACAAGGGAAGAGCAAGUUGUGCGCCCUGUACGAGAGCUCAACCACCGAAACCAAAGGACGGGGCUGCAACAUAACUGAGUGCGUCCCCGUGCCAAGCUCCGAACAUGUGGCCGAAAUAGUGGGGAGGCAAGGUUGCAAAAUCAAAGCCCUGCGUGCAAAGACAAACACCUACAUCAAGACUCCGGUCAGAGGUGAAGAACCGGUCUUCCUUAUCACCGGACGCAAAGAAGACGUGGCCCUGGCCCGACGAGAGAUCAUCUCGGCCGCCGAGCACUUCUCCAUGCUGCGUGCCUCCAGGAACAAGCUGGGCGUCUCUUUCAACGGCUCUCCCCCUGCACCGUUACCCGGCCAAACCACCAUACAGGUGAGGGUGCCCUAUCGCGUCGUGGGUUUGGUCGUCGGGCCUAAAGGCUCGACCAUUAAACGCAUCCAACAGCAAACGUGCACCUACAUCGUCACUCCCAGCCGCGACCGUGACCCCGUCUUUGAGAUCACGGGCUCCCCGGGGAACGCCGAGCGGGCUCGGGAAGAAAUCGAGGCGCACAUCGCUUUCCGCACGGGCGGGCUGCACGACCACAACAAUGAGAAUGACUGCUUGGGCUCCGACGGUGGCAACGGAGGUCUGGAGAGCCGCCUGCAGCAGGUGUGGGGGCUACAGGGGGCCUCGCGCAAGCCGCUCACCAGCAGCUAUCGCCAGAAUUUCUCAGACGCUGUGGUCGGAAGCGGAGGAGGAGGAGGGGGGAUUUACAGUAAAGGUGACUUUACAAGUCCUGGCAACGGGGACAAGCCAUGUUCUUACUUUGGCUCCGAGAGCACUCAAAGCUGGGGUGACCCUGACUAUCCCAAACAGGUGGCUUACUACACUCAGCAGCGCUCCAAAAGCUUCGGCGGCCUGCCUCUCCCUCUGACCAGACUGAGUCCGGGUCUGGCUGACCCAUGUGGCACUGGCAACUCCGUCAACAACUCGGUCGGGUCCACCCAUGCCCAAGCGCGCCGCGCCCACAGCGAGCCCACUAGCGCCACCACUGCAUUUACAGGCCGUCUGCCCGUGCCAGAUUCGCCACCUGCCGUGGCCCGGGACUGCAUGACCUGCUUUGAGAGCAAAGUGACGGCCGCCCUCGUCCCGUGCGGUCACAACCUCUUCUGCAUGGAGUGCGCCAUCCGAAUUUGUGAGCUGAACCAUCCGGAAUGCCCCGUCUGCCACACCCUGGUCACACAGGCUAUCCGAAUAUUCUCUUAAGAGUUCGUUUGUUAUUUUGUUUGCGGUUUUUUUUUACUCUGUAGAUUCAGUUGAUCUCUCUUUUUUUAUUUUGUCAGUAUUCACUCUGUUCGUUUUUAUUAUUAUUUUUCAGAAAACGCAAAACCUAAACAGGCAGAUAUUUUAGAAGACACUGCUUGGUUUACUAAAAAAAAGAGGAAAGUAUUUUCAGAUUUUUCUUUUGUAUGUACACAUAUAUACAUAUAUAUAUAUUUUAUAAAAGUUUUUUUUAAAACGGAAAGAACUUAGUUCUUAGCAUGUUCAGUUGAGUUUAUUUUAUUUAAUUUUUUACUGGUGCUCUUUUGUCCACGUGCAUCGUGGACAGCAACGGGAGAAAUAAUGUGAACGUUUUACGCUUUUCCUUUGCUGGGGAAGUAUAUCAUUGUCAUUAUUAGUUUAAUACAAAUAUCAUAUUUUUAUUUCCUAAGAUUGAAUUUUUAUAGUUUUACAUCCCAGCAUCUUCUGCAAAAGAGAAAGUAUUCUUUUUGAAGGCAAACUAGAAUCUUAAAUCUUUGCACCUUAAAACUGAUUUGAAGUGAUUGUCAAAAAACAUCUGCUUAGAUGUCUAUGCGAAAUAGAGGAUAUAGAAAUGGCCAAUAGGGGCUGAUAUAUGCUUGGAUACACAACUUGAUGUCGGUGUGGCUUUAAAUUUGGAUCAUGUUCUAAAUGAUGCAAUUGUGAAUUCAUACAUAUAGGGCUGAUCAAGAAGUCCAACGUGAUAUCUGCUUUGCUAAUCAAUAUUCUGACGGGUAAAAUUGACGAGUUAAACAGGGAGAUCCAGAGUGUUUUAUUCCCCUAAAGCUCUAGUGAGCCUAUUGUGUAAUGUCUUACUGGGUACAAUUUCCGUAUUUUCGCAAAAAACGUCCCAAAAGCCUUGGAAUGCAUCCAGGGUUCUGUUAUACAGAAGUUAUAACUUUAUUCAUUUCAGUAGCCUCUUAUUUUCAUUAAGCUCUUUGUAAUUGCACUCAGUAAGUUCACAAAUAAUUUUUUACGGUAAAACGCCGAUUACAAACGUGAGGCAUGAGAUGAAGUAAAAUAGGGGAGAUGGAGGUGGGGUGACGGAGGGGCUUCGGUAAUCUGAUCCUGAAUAGACCCAGUAGACAAAAGAAAGCAAGACUCCGAGCUACAGUACAAUGUAAAGCAACCACUCGCUUGUCCUCGUGGCCCUACAUUUGAGUUGCAAAGUGACUGUGUCGUAACAGAGGCAGGUGCUUCAUAUCAUACUUUAAAUUGAGUUUUUUUUUUUUUUAAAUGGUUGGGGGGCGAUGCUCUAAUUCUGCUCGCCCUUCAACUGUUCUAUGCGACUACAGUCACCAAGCUCCUCCCAAAGAGUAUAUUGUUUUGUCGCAGUGGUAGUACAAUCCCCGGAGCGCCCCAACAUGGCCUGCCCUAAGAGGAGCUGAUAAUUAGCCAUACAUCAGAGUCCAGGUGCAAAGCAACUGCCGGGAGAAGGAGGGGCCGCGUACAGUGGCGUGAAUGCGGACUGCCCCGUCCUGAGCAAAGGGGGCCGCAUCCCUCCCAAACGCUCUUUGGGUGCAGCUGGGGCCCCUCCUGUCGGUCUCUCUCGGUCUCUCCCUGCCCCUCGGAGCCAUGCUAUUCCCAUUGGGAAAAGGGGCCUCCUUUGUCCUGCCAUCGGGGAAAAAUUCAAGAGCAGAUUUUAUUUCAAAGAGAGAGAGAGAGGCUGACGUAAAGGGAGGGAGCGAACGCUACUUGUUUUGAUUUACUCCGAAGCAUUUUCUUCAACUUUUCAGACUAUUCUCAAAUUGAAGUUUCCAUGGAUUCCUCCUUCAUGAGCGGGGCAUCACGCCGUGACCCCCUUGAGACAGGCCUGCCUGGUCGCAAGCAGCCAAUGGGAGAACAACCUUGAACUCCACAGUGAAAUCAGACAAUUGUAAUUGACAAGCAAGAGGGGGGAAAACGCCCAAUUUGGUGGCCGUUCAUGCUGAAUCAAAUUACACACCCACUGCCCGUCUCAUCGCAGGCUGGGGGAUUUUGGGAUAGGGGAUUAGUGCGGAAAAAGGCCACUAUAAAAGAAUCAAGCCACUGAAACCCAGUGCGUUCUGGUCAGUUUUCUCCGGCUGCGUACGGUUGUAGGAGAUGUGCUAGGGUAAGCUUGUGAUUGUAAUAAAAAAACUGUUUAACAAUUUGAGCCAUUCGAAUCUUAAAAUAUUCCUUUUGAAUUUUAAUGAUAAGUUGACUGUUACAGAAAGUUUACUUGGUUGUUUGUCUCAUGUGAAUCAAUGUAUUAAGGCUGUAUUGGCACCUGACAGUGUUUAUAAUUUUUUUUUUAUUGAUUAUUUUUUUGUCGUCUGAGAAACUUACUUUCUAUAAGUGUCCGUGUAUUAAGGUACUUUGUUUAAACUGAAAUAUAUUAAGUCCCUUUAAGUAACUUUCCAAUUUAAGAGACAAAACUGAAGAGGCUUAAACUAAAGCACCUUAUUUUUUAAAAGGCAAACAGCAUUCGCAAUCAAAAAGCAUGUAGAUUUCAAAAUCCAUGACAGCUUAUGUUAUCUUUAUAUUGCACUUGUGUUAUAUUUCGCAUUGGUUUGAUUCUAUUUGCACUGUCGAACAAGUUUAAAAUGGCGCUGUUUUGUUUUCGAAAACCAGCUUAGUUUGCUUUAAAAUGAUUCAACAAUACAACGUUACGUAAACGUAUCAAAGAAUCAAUCCGUUACCAUCAUCUCCGGUUCUACGAAUGCCAGCACUGAUCAAAGCAGACACGUCGUGUUCAUGAAAGGAAUGUAUCUUUGAUCAGUUUAUAAAGCCAAAACUAUUUUGAAAAUAAAAUGGAUUAUGCAAACAUAAAUAGCUCUUAUUUUCGAAUCUGAUUCUGAAGCAUUUCUUUGUCUAGUGUAUAUAUACACACACGCAGCAUUUAAAAACGUUCAGAGCAUUUUGAGGUCAGUAGGUCGGUGUACGCAGGGAAGAGCAAUAACUGUUUUAAUAGUAAACAAGAUGCCUAGUUUUCGAUCCAAAAAAAAAUGCACUGCCGUGGUAGACGACCCUAAGAAUUUCUAAGAAGCCAUGAACGUUUCAUUUACACGAUAAAAGCCUGUUGUGACUUCCCCAGUCUGAAAUUUAGCACUUCAUAGUUUAGUUUCUUAACCAAACAUCAAAACGUCUAAUAGAUUUUAACGAAUGUAGCCUGGAUCAAUGGAAAAGACGCUGAUGUGUGAAAUUAUUCAAUGCAGCGUAACAGGCUUUGAAAGGGAUACAUUGUAAAAGACUUUAUACAGCCAAUCACAGCGAAAUCUUUUUUGAGUAUUAUUUAUUUGAUAGUAUAAGACUAUAUUUAUUGACAUUUAGGGAGAUAUAUAAUAUAGACUUACUACCAUAGGCAUAUCAUUACGUAAAUAUAUUUCAGUAUAUAAGCAAUUUUGACAUUGUAAUAGUCUUCACUUUAGUUUUUAUUAUUGUAUAAAGCGCCCAAACGUUUGAAAAUAUAUGACCAAAAAAUUAGGGAUAUUACAAUCAGUGGGGGACUGAACUCCCAUAGUUUAGUUUGUAAACUAUAGUCUAUACUGAAAGCAUAAAUAUCUAAACACCCGAAAGUAGAAGCAGGCCAGAGAAAAAUCUGUUUUUAAAGAAAUAUUUGUCGAAUUCAUUUAAGGUAAACUCCGCGAGCAAGCCGGAUCAUCAUUUCAGAAUGACAAGAGCGUUAUUGUUAUGCCUAAUUCAAAACAUGAACCGUCCAGGCGAAAAACAAGAGAGGAAAUGGGAUGAACUAGGAGAGGUCGUCCAGUUUAGGUUUAACAAGAAUGUGUCGUCGAACGUGAAGAACCACUGUGAAUUUUUUCGUUUGCUAUUUUCAGUAAUUUCGUGGUGUUGUUAAAUAGUUGCAAUUCAACAACUUCUCUUUUUAGUUGUGCAUGCUGACAAAAGAUUUUCCAGAGCGUUAUUUACUCUUGAACAGCUGAGAUCUGUGAAAGGAAAUUAUAAGAGCCACAUGUGUGCUACAGGAUUUUAAUGUAGUAGUAACGGUGUAUAAUGACACCGCUUUAUUUUUCCAGACCCAACAUAAAGUAUCUAAUGCACAAAAUACCCAGCGAAUACCUUACGUUCCACAUUCCCAUAAUUUUAGUCUUACUUGAGGUUUUUAUUCGCCUGGUUAGAUAAAAAGUAUAUACUCUUAUAUGUUCCUACAUAGCAGAUAUCAAAGCUGCAUGCAUUUAUCUAUAACCACAGCAGCAUUCAUUUCAUAAUAUCGCCAGAGAACAUAUAAAUGAUGCACUUAAGCAAUUAUAAUUGCCUUUUGGAUAUAGUAGUACAAAGGGCAGAUGAUGUAUUUGAAUGUAAAGAAAUGGCCACCCAACCCAAAUGUCUAAUUUUGCCUUUUUUUGUUUAUUUAUCGAGCAUGAGAUUCAUGUCUAGAGAAAUACCACCAUGACUGUUUUGGUUCUUCCUCACAGCAUUUAUACAAAGCAAAAUAAAAGGGAAAAAUGUCUUAUAGCCGUUUCGUAAGAUUCUAUUUUGCUAACAUGCAUUAUUAUUGUUAUUAUUAUUAUUAUUAUUUCAUAGACAGAGGAAGAGUUCAGUAUCUGGAUGUUAUUUAUGAAUAUCUUUAAUGAAGCCAACAUAUUUAUAAGUAACUUCUUCGAGACGUUUUGUUUUUUAAUUAAUAAAUUAAAAAGUUAAUAUAUUUCUAAAACGCAUGGAGUUGAUUUCUACUAAAAUGAUUAAACUAGAGAAUUUUUAUUUAUAAAAAAAAAAUCUUUCACACUUCUGACAGCAUAAAACGAGUGGGGUGGGGUUUCAAAGGCUUAUAUUUUAGCGCCGUUUUAAAUGCGUGCAUUAACGAUAGGACAGAAGAUAUUUUAUAGGAUUUUUGGGUAUUUUAGUCACUUCAAGUUUGUGCCUCGAUACCGCAUUUUUGCAUAGUAGAAGCAGCACUUGUUGCGUGCUCGACCUUUAACGCCAUACAUAUAUCUCCUUUCCCUUUUUUUAUUCUUUUGCUUUUCUUGUGAAGCAAAUGAACAUGCCAGGGUGAGAUAAAUAGAAAAAUGAUCGUGCACACACAUGCAAAACUCACUAAAUGUAACCAACCGAUCGUUCCAAAAUAUGCAUGACACUAAAUCUGUUUUUCCUCAAAUCUGUGGUUAUAUAUUUGUUUUAAAGGAUGCAGAUCUCAAGCACAUUCACAGUAAUACGGUUAUUUGCAUGUAACUUGUAUCAUCUCUUAAACGGAAAGCAGAUUUGUCAUACAAAUGAGGCUUAUGUACAAACCACACUCAAGGGCUAAUGAUUCCUUUUCAUUAUAACCGAGAGUGUCUCAAACACGCAGUGAACUUACAAGAUUAUACUACUAAGGGAAACAUAGUCUCAAUACUUCAUGGUGAACGCGCAUCUCGACUUUGUUUUGGCUCUGUGGUGGCAAUGAUAGUUGUGUAGUGGUUUCAAUUUCAGUCAGACAGGAACAGGGAGGGGGGAUGAAGACGGUCACUUCGGUGACCUCACUUGGGUUGAGUUACUCCGGUCCGACAAUAUGUAUUUGGUAGCUUCCAGCACAGUAGAAGUGGUUCAUACAACUCUCAUAGUGGUCAUAUAGUGUAUUAGUUUGGUCAAGCAUUUUCUGGUACUAGUGUUCGAUUUAUUGUUGAUAUACGAGGGGUUUGCCAUAUCAUAGACGAGGCUAGCCGAAACUCCACAAGUUGUUACAUUUCAUUAUUCAGUAUAGUGUCUACAGGAGGCACACAAAUUGCAGGUUUUUUCCUCGAAACAUGUUUUUUGUGAGUUUCUUUUUCGAUAUUUGAUCAAUGCAUCUAUGCCAUACUAGUUUUGAUUUGUUAUUUUCGAGAAAUUGUAUUGUAAAUGUUUCUAAUAAAACCAACAGAAGGAUCUGUCACUGCUA